UAAUUAUUGUACAGUACAGUUGCAUUACACUUCUUGUACACUGACACGCAGGAACACGCGUGACGGCAGAGAACCGGGUUACUGGACCAGCAGGCACAUUUCCUGCCAGACACGCCCGGAGGGGCGCUCUCAGAGCGCCAUCACAAACGGGAGCUCAACACUGCGCCCUCAUUACCGGGACCGGAGACGGUCAGCACUCAGACCUGCCGGGACAGACCGGGAAACCGAUCGCGGCUCCGGGACGUACUGGCGCACAACCCUCCCGUGAAACCUCUACUUUCUCACGUUUUUUUUUACGCUGUGCUGUGUAACCGAUAGCGGCCGGAGACGAGAAACUUGACGCUACGGAACUGAAAACGGAUUUCUGUAGCAGCACAGAUGUCUUAAAGGACAAACGCUUCCAAAGUUAAAAUAUAUCGUGACGCACUCAGCCCGUGGGGUGACUGCGAGGAAACAGAUUUCUAGUGUACUCGGCAGGGCGCUGAAGACGAGCUCAAUUAAAGAUGAUUAAUUAAAGCUGUAACAUCGGUCUGUGUGCGAGAGGAUCAGACCUGCCUCGGGGACGGCACGGGACUCGUCUCCACUGAAGAAAUACUCCUGCUGCUAUUCCCACCGCUAGCCGGACAGACCUCCGGCGACCUACCUGUAUAAGGCGGGGCGCCUCGGACCUCUCUGCCUUGUGGACGAGGAUCACGGAGGAAAGACUGCAGUUCCGAGCCGUGUCCCGCCAGACCGGCGGACCGAACACAAGGUUCUGAUCACAGCCCGAACCGCAGAGCACCCGGGUCCCCGGAGAAGCGCUCACGGACUUACCGGCGCAUUAGCGUUGCUUAACCGGCUUCUAACAGACCGCGCUCGGCAGUCACAUCGUACCCGCUGUGGUGGCGCGCAGCCCGGGCAAAGUCGCAGGAACGAAAUUAAUGAAAUUAGUGUGAAAACGCACAGUCACGGCUCGCCGGGGCUGUAGGGCUGUCCUGCCGCGGGCGAAAAGCGAAGUUCAGCGGUUUUCAGGAUUGACUGUAGAAGAGGCACCACAGAAAUGACCCUGCCUGUGAGCGGCUCUCCCCAGACCGCUCCUGAACUCUCCCGAGAGGUUCAGAACCCGCCCUGCGAAGAACUGAACCGAAACAGCGCCUGCGAUCUCAAGGGUCAGAUUUGCACCGGAAACACCAGUUAGAACCGAAACGUGGCUGGAAAAGAACCGGGUUUGCAACUGCGUCGGAUUGCUGAACCCGAAAAGGGUCUUUGCUUGGGUUCGGAUGUUAUUGAACUGACAAUCGAAGUGUGUUCAAUUCCUCGAUCUGCGAUCAAUCGUCAUUCAAGAACUGAGCGUCUUAAACCUGGCAGCACUGUUCCAGUCUCACAUCUUAAAGCUCCUGGGUGAGACUCAGCUGUCAGGACCCUGGUUACAAACAGCUCUUUUUCCUGGGGAAGAGUGAUGUCUGCUGCUCUGGGCUCAGGCUGCGGAGUGCAGUGCAGCAUGGCCCCACCUCCCCCUACCAACAAGCCCCACGUCUGCAUGUCGGCCAUCGUGAUCGUGUCCACCAUGGCAGUGAUGGACGUGUACCUGGUGGAGCAGAACCUGGGGCCCAAGAAGAUUGGGGUCUGCAUCAUGGUCCUAGUCGGGGACCUGUGCUUCCUCAUUGUCCUGCGGUACGUGGCAGUCUGGGUCGGCGCCGAGGUCAAGACUGCCAAGCGAGGCUACGCCAUGGUCCUGUGGUUCCUCUUCAUCUUCGUGCUGGAGAUCAAGCUGUACUUCGUCUACCAAAACUACAAGUCGGACAGGCGAGCGCCAGACCCGCUGGCCCGCAAGACCCUGACACUCCUGCUGUCCAUCUCCAUUCCCUCCCUCUUCGUCAUCCUGGUGGCCACAGACCACAUGGAGUAUGUCACCGGCUUCCGCAAGAAGGAGGACCUGCGCAACCGGCUCUUCUGGGUGGUCAUUGACCUGCUAGACGUGCUGGACAUCCAGGCCAACCUGUGGGAACCCCAGAAGAAAGCGCUGCCCCUCUGGGCAGAGGGGCUGAUCUUCUUCUACUGCUACGUCCUGCUGCUCGUGCUGCCUUGUGUGUCGCUCAGUGAGAUCAGCAUGCAGGGCGAGAACAUCGUGCCCCACAGGAUGAUGGUGUACCCCAUCCUCAGCCUGGCCACCAUCAACGUGGUCACGCUCUUCAUCCGCGGGGGGAACAUGCUCUGGUACCACGACCCGCGAGUCUCUACCGUCUUCCUGGGCAAGAAUGUGCUGGCGAUUGUCAUCAAGCUCUGCGCGGUGCUGCGAUACCCGCGGCAGCUGGCUGAGUCCUCGCAGGGCCUUGGGCCCGAGCUGGGCAGCACCUCCCUCAGGCACCGCCACGCCCUGGCGGCCCCCCUGCCCCUCUCACAUGCCCACACCCCACCGGCCCCCUUUGACGGCACGGAGCCCACCGAGGACAGCCUGGGACCCUCUUUCAUCACCAGGGAGCUGUAGCGGUGUCCUGCCUGCAGCAGUAGCUUGGCCCCCUGGGAAACACAGCUGGCCCGGGUUCCUCCGGAGGUGAUGCUCCCAAGAGGGCCUGUGUUUGCACUGCGCCAGAGCAGCGGUCUACCCAUGCACAGGUAAUACACACCCCUGGGCAGGGCUCUAACCAGCGCUAAGUGGCUUUCCUUUCACCGCAGGGACGGGAGAGAGAGGGGAGGAAGGAGGCGAGAGACAACGCCCAGGUGCCGGCCAGUCUCUCGCCCAAAACAGCCGAGGCCUGGACAGCCAAGCCCGUGGGCCAGUCUGUAAUUAGGGUUAGCCCACCCUCAGACUGGAGUGACACAGACCUAACAAGUUUGUUCUGGACUUGAAUCUGAGGGUCUGAAGAGAGACCUCCACCCAGAGAUUCCCAGCUCAGGCUGGACACCCUCCUCAAACACGUCCUGAAGCCUCCUGGUCUAGGGGGAGCGGCCUUGAGGGGAGCCCCUGCAGCUUCUUUAAAGCACUGCCUCAUUUACUUCCACUGUUUCAUUAAAGACAACCUGCCUCAUUUACCUCCCCUGCCCAGCCAGCCAGCAGGCACAGCAGUACAACAAUGCCAGCAGUUAGUCAAGGAACUUUUCUUGACGUGUGACCUACUGUUGAUUUAUAGCAGUGUGCAACUGUGCGGUCAGUUUCACUGUUGGAAAAGCCCCUGUGCGCCAACCAUUUCCUUUUCUCAAUUAGAACUAGGGGCCAUUUGUCAAAACGCUAAGAGCCCCGACAUACAUCUGCUAUCAAGAAUGCAAAGCAAGGCUUUAAUUACUUUACAGAGCUACAGGGAUUGGCACUCCUGUCAGAGUCAGUGUUCCGAAACCUUGUCUGUGAGCUGCAACACAGUAGCUGCUGUUCCAAUUGCAUCUUCAAGGGCUCUGAGCCCGUCUGCUCUACAACAACUCCUCCCUUCUGCAGUAACGGCUGUGGCGCCGAUACACUGAUACCCUCCAUCGUGCUUUGCCCAGCUGGGGCUCACUGGAAAGGUCCAGCCUGUCACUGGAGAGGCAGAAUGGGUAUGUUCCCAGUGCCCACGUUGUGUUCGCUGGAGCUCUUCAGUGCUGGGCAGACAGAUGCAGAAACAGCGAGCGCCUCACAGUUCGCUUCCUUCAUUAUCGGGUUUGUUCCUGCUGUCUGUGCUGCGGCAGUAAUCCAUUAGUAAUGCUGUUAGAUUUUUCUGUUUUCUUGUCCUGCUUGUGAGAAUUUGCUUCCACUCUUAAUUAUGCCCUUAUGAAGCUGUCAGAUGUUCCUGCUGUGGCUUAUUUAUUUACACUUUCAUGGCCCACUGCCAGCAACUCUCCUGUCAGCUCCAGUCAGCCCUCAGGGCGGAGCACAGACUAGAGCUGCGUGCUGAAGUGUACGCUGAGCACUAGAGCUCUCAGCACCACUGUAGACGUACAAAGUACAGUAGUGUUACAACUCCAAUGGCAAUCAGGACCCCCUUCAGGGUGGCAUGGUGGCACAGUGGCUGGCCUUGCUGCCUCACAGCACUGGGGCCCUGUGUUUGAUCCCUGGGUGCUGCCUGUGUGGAAUUUGGAAGUUCUGACAAUGUUUGUGUGAGUUUCCUUUGGGGGCUCCUGUUUUCUCCCACAGUCCAAAGAGAUU